AUGUUUGAGUCAUUUUUCAUAGGAGGAGGAGUCCGAGGUUAUAACAGUCUCCAUGAAAAUAUCCCGAUCGACAUCAACUCUGAAGUUAUCGAGCAAAGCCUUGCAGUUCUGCACCGAGACGGCUUCCUAAGUCAAGCACUCCGAUCUUUUAAACACUGCGAGUUGAACUCUAAAGGUCAUCAACAUGAAAGAAGGCUUACCGAAAUCGUACAGCGCUUAGAUGAUAAAUAUGGCGAAUUCUUAAAGAGAAAGAACCUGUUAGAGUUUACAGUAAACAAGAACUGGCUUGAAGAGGCGCUCAAAAUCCCUGCUGAGGGAUCAAUGCGAUCAAGAUAUUACAGCGAUUAUAUCGAGCCUGCAGUAGAAGCAUCGGAAGACAAAUGCCGAUCUCAACUUAAGCAUACAAUCGACAAGGAACUGGAAGCGUUGACGGGUGUUGAAAAAGAGUCCUACACGAAGGAUAAGGAAUUGCUCACAUUCUCUCCCGCUACAAUCGAGCGCAGUUUCGCGCUUCUCAAGCCCUUCGACUACACAGAACGAUAUUCACUCCAUUACAUUCUCUUACGCAAGUACUCUGGUGAUGGAAACAUGACACACAAGGAGGCAGACCGAGAGGCGAAGAUUCUCCUUGAUGAAUAUAAGACAGAGCACUUUAAGAGCUUGUGUGAAGAGUCGAGAGAGUUGACCGACUGGCAAGAGCGAGAGACGGUGAGAGACUGGAAGUACUGGAAAGAGACAGAGUAUGAUCGCAGGGCGAAUAGUGUAGGGUAUGAUGAGUUUGAGGAUGAUGAAUCUCAAGAGGACGGGUUUGAAGAUGAAGAAUCGGAAGAUGAAGAAUCUGGAGACGACGAAUCUGAAGGCGAAGAAGCUGAGUCUGAGGGUGAUGGAGCAUCUAGCUCGGCGGGUAUGGAUAUCGAUUUGCCGGAACCCGCCAGCGAAGAUCUCACUACUCAGAUCUCAGUGCUUCAGAUUUCCAACAAGAAGUCAAAUGGCGAAGCUGGCGGGGUGACAAAGACGGCCAAGAAGCGUCCUCUUGACAACAGCGACGACGCUGAUGAGGCAGCCCCGUCAGGUUAUAAACGCGCGAAGGUGGAACAUUGGCGAGAGCGCUUUAAUUUUGGAUGGAGUUAA